AUAAGAGUCGAGGCGAUGGUGAUUUUCGUGAAAAUCAGCAACAUUGACACCAUGCAGGAGCGCUACCAGGCCGACAUCAUUCUCAAGGCAAAGUGGCGCGAACCGCAGCUCGACGCCACUUGGAAUCAGUCGUACCUGCCGGCGGGCGAUUUUGGUGUGGGACCCUAUUCGGAUGGUCACAGCGAAAGCCAGUUUGCCGGGUCCGGAGAGGCUCGGCAGUCGGACAAGUUCUCUGCGCCGUGGCCGCCCGACUCCGGCAAGUUGAUUCGACAACCCGUGAGUGAGGUCACUUCUCUUUUGGUUUCCUUUAUUGGCGUGCCUAUGACGUCUCUGUUCCGCAUGACCAGCUAA